ACAUAUCUCUAUAAUAAUAUUGUUGUACUUGGGGGCAGUAGAUUAUAGUAGAAAGAGAUUUUUCAAUACAGGCCACUCAUUUCAACUAUAUCACAAUGGCGACGAGAAGGACAUUAUUGCUUUGCGUCAACGACAUCAGAGCAACUUCUUGCUCUAACAUCAUCACCACUUCGCUUCCCCGUAGACCUAUUGUCCGCCAAUCACAUGUCAAGCAUUGGGUAUCAAGGCCGGCUGCUGCUCGACUCUUCACCACCUCACGGUCACGAUGGCAAGAAGCAGCAACCCGUCAGGCCGAAGACGAUCAGCCGGUCAUUGACAGGACGAGAUCCAAAGUCUUCAAAGAUGCCGAUGAGGCCGUCGCAGACCUGAAGUCCGGAUCCGUCGUCUUCAGCGCCGGAUUUGGCCUGUGUGGAACAGCUGAAACUAUAAUCACAGCAAUGCAUAAGCGAGGGGUCGACUCGCUGAACAACCUUACUGCCGUCUCCAACAAUGCCGGCGCUGCAGGAGCUGGCGGACUUUCGCCCCUGACCAAGUCAGGCCAGAUAACACGCUGCAUCCUUUCAUACCUGGGAAGCAACAAGAAGCUCGAGCAAAAGUACUUGACCGGCCAGAUCGCGAUCGAACUAUGCCCUCAAGGGACGUUGGCGGAACGAAUCCGUGCCGGUGGAGCUGGCAUUCCCGCUUUCUACACACCAACCGGUGUCCAUACCUUUAUCCAGACCGGCGAGAUCCCUACAAGAUUGGGACCGGCUGAUCCAGAGACCAAGAAGUCGGUGGUCCUGGAAGGGGGGAAAGCCCGAGAAACUAGAAUCUUCAGUGGGAGAACUUAUGUCAUGGAGACAGCCUUGACCGGCGACGUUGCCAUUCUGCGUGCCUGGAAGGUCGACGAGGCGGGCAACUGCCAAUUCAGGUACACCACAAAGGCAUUCGGUCCAAUCAUGGCAAAGGCUGCUCGUCUGACAAUCGUCGAAGCCGAGAAUAUUGUCCCCGUUGGAUCAAUCGACCCCAAUGAUAUCCACCUUCCGGGCAUUUACGUCGACCGCAUCGUCCCAGCGACCGUCGACAAGGUACUUGAGAACAAAAAGACGCGACCAAGUGGCAACGACAGCGGCUACGAAUCCGAAGCGGCGUCGACGCCUUCCAACAAGUCCGACGCCAAAUCAGAAGCUCUCGUCCGACGAGACCGCAUUGCCCGCCGGGCGGCCAAGGAACUCAAGCACGGGAUGUACGUCAACUUGGGCGUCGGCAUGCCCACCCUCGCGCCGUCCUUCCUCCCCUCGGACGUCAAGGUCUGGAUCCAGUCCGAGAACGGCAUUCUCGGCAUGGGCGCGUACCCGACCGAGGAAGAGGUCGACCCGGACAUCAUCAACGCCGGGAAGGAGACCGUCACUCUGGUGCCCGGUGCCUCCACGUUCGACAGCUCCGAGUCGUUCGGCAUGAUCCGCGGCGGCCACGUCGACGUUUCGAUCCUGGGUGCGUUGCAGGUCAGUGCCGCCGGGGACCUCGCCAACUACAUGAUCCCCGGGAAGGUGUUCAAGGGCAUGGGCGGCGCCAUGGAUCUGGUUUCGAACCCGGACAAGACCAAGAUCGUGGUGACGACGGACCACGUCGACAAGUACGGCAAGAGCAAGAUCGUCGAGAACUGUUCUCUGCCAUUGACCGGUGCCCGGGUCGUCAGUACCAUCAUCACCGACUUGUGCGUGUUCGAGGUCGACAGGGCAAAGGGGACCCUCACGCUCACGGAACUCGCGCCCGGCGUGACGGUUGAGGAGGUCAAGGAGAAGACGGAUGCCAAUUUUGCUGUUGCCGAGACCUUGGGUCAGAUGGAAUAAACGGGAUGAGCAGCAUUUCUGUAAGGGACUGGUUGGGAUAGAUGAGUUUCCACUGCAGCGACCGAGAGACGUAAGGUAUGAAUAGGUACGGAGUAAACGGAAAAAGAAAAGGAUAGCUGAUUUUUUUGCGUCAUAUAUCAUCUCAGCAUGAUGGAAGGGGAAUGGCCGGUCGAGGGUCGUUUGGUGCAUUACACGCAUGGGUGAGCUAUUUGAUCCUAGAUAGCCUAGAUGUCUGGAAUAUAAUUGUAAAGGAGGUAUUUUCGAAGACUCA